CGGCUGCCGAGCUGAGAGGUGGCGUGACGACCGCACGCGCUGCCGCCUGCCCACUUUUUCCUUGGAGAGGGAUCUGCCCUGCCUGGAAGAAGAUUUGGUGGUCCGUUCUUACGCUUCGUCAUUCACCACGAGCCCUUUCGCUGGAUACUCCGUGAACCCGCGAGCAAGGAAAGCAGCCGGGAGGAGAGCUGCCAGCAGCAAGGGCGUGGUGUGAUGGGCGCAGAGCGGUGACCCGCCCCUGGAGCACGGUCGCAACCAGCAGGCAGAAGGCAGCAGACAGCACACGGCAGACAUGGAGGUGGUGCCCGCGGCGGACGUGCCCCUGGCGCUGCCGUUCGCGCGCUCUAACGUGCAGGAGUGGUCGCACCUGGACCAGCUGACGGGCGUGCUGCAGCAGGGCCGCGUCCAGGCGCACCACUGGGCCAGCGCCACCAGGGCCUACGGCAAGGUGGUGGACUCCCGGCGCGUGGCGAACGCGUCCGGCGGCGUGGAGCAGCGGCGGCACCAGCAGGUGGAGGUGUUCCAGGAGCGCGGUCCGGGCGGCAGCCGUCUGCACGUGGUGCGCGCCAGCAGGCUCUCCACCUCCUCCUCCUCCACCACCACCACCACCGGCACCGCAGCCGCCUGGCGAAAGGCGCCCGCCUUCGAUAACCUGCAGCUACCACUGAACCCGCUGGAUUCGAGCCCCCAGAAGACGAGGGCCAGCGUCGGUCGCAGUGGUUCCAUCGGCGGACGGCGGCCGCCUUCCCGGCCACGCAGCCUCGUCGGCAAGUCGGAGGCGACGGCGGCGGAGGCCAUCUCGGAAGAGCAUCGCGACCACGACGACGACCUCGAGAUCGAGGUAGCGGCUCCGCGGAUCGAGGCGUCCACCGCCACGAGCUCCGAAGACGAGGACGGGGGGCACCACGACAGGUCGCCGGCGUCGGGCCGCAGACACAGCCACAGCGGCGUCGCGCGCAAGAAGAGCUCCUCCACGGAGGACCUGCACUGCGCCACGCCCGACGAAGACGGCCCGGCAGAGGUCGGCAGCAGCAGCGGCGGCUCGGGCGACGACUGGCGGCGGGACGCCAGAGCGCGGCGCUCGCUGCAGUUCCCCGGCAAGGCGGCGCUCGGCUCUCCCCGGCUCGAGCGGCCGGAGCUGCCCGCCUUCAAGUCCGGCUCCGCGCUCAGGGGGCUGGAGGCGCUCGAGAGCGUCUUCCGCAGGGGCGCCACCAUCGCCGACUCCGUCAACAGGACACUGGCGGACGGCGGCGCCGGCGGCGACGACGCGCUGGACGUGGACAGCCUGGCGGGCCACCUCAGGCAAGAGCAGCAGCAGAUGGCCAGCUCCGAGGAGGAGGGACUCGGCUCCAAGGCCGCCGGCAAGGCGGCCGGCAAGCGGCAUUCUUUCGUGACCGUCGAGAAGCUCAAAGAGGUCAGGGGGCGCCUGCGACGGCUCGGAUCUCCGCCCUCCGACGAGGCUUCCGCAGACUCCGCCAGAUCCGCGGCCAUCGCCGAAGAGCGCGACGACGGUAUCGUCACGGAGGAGCCGGACAAGCGCGAAGACUGCGGGCCGUCGCCGCGCGUCAGGUCCUUCGUGUACGGCACGGACGCCGCGGCGAGUGGGGCGCGGAAGACAGUGCCGGGAACCGGCAGUCUUGAAUCGAGGACCUCGAAUCGCUCCAGCAGCAGCAGCGGGAGCCGCUCCGAGGAAUGGUACAACCGGCGGAAGUCCUACGGCUUCGAGCAGGUGCACGAACAAGGCAGGGAGGCGCAGCUUUACGGAUCCCCCUUCAGAGACAAGAGUAAGGUCGAAUCUUCCACGGACAGUGGCAUAUGCAGGUCGUCCGAAACAGUCACGCCGUGGGGUCGCCUCGUCGGCUCCAGGACCAAAACUGAAGACAGUCACGCCAAAGCUGGAGCGAGUUCACACAUCCCCGUGAUUCCGCUGAGAGCAAGUCACAGCAUAGCCAUCAACAAAGCCAGCAUUUCGUUAGAGUCUAGUGAUACGCAGAGAAACAGUGUGCUGUCGGAAAGGCAGGACGAUGAUAGCGCUCACCAGAGAGGCCGAACCACUGUCGUCACACUGGGCAGCAAGUGCGAGCAGAGAAAUGUUGACUUCAACAACAGGAAUUCUGGAGACUCCUCUCUGCACAACGUAUCCACCUACGACAACUCAGACGAUGAAAAGCCGAAUCAUCGCCGUUUCUCUGAGCCAGUUACCAUCACGAUUCCAAUCACCCGUGACGAUUCUGCUGCUCAGAACGACGCGCUUAGCAACGUGGAGCAGAAGAAACAGUUCUAUCGCAAGUUAUCAGAAAGACCUUUGUCCAGUUCUGAAGGUAACAAACCUUUCGUUGUAAACAUAAAAAAGAAAGAACCCAACGACCUGUCUUCACUUAUAGACAAGCGCAAUUCUUUCAGUUCCGACAGUACUCAGCCACUGCUGGAUCCGACCUCUUGGCGCAAAACCGAAAGCUGGAAAAGCGCGAAACAAGAAGAAGGCGAGAUGAAAAGGCAUUCUAUCGCAGUCGACCCGAGGUACGUUAAAGGAGGUACGAAUCACAUAAUGUCGUUCAGCCAUAUGUCUCAAAACGACAACUCAGAGCAAGCCUUUACGAGGAUUUCUGCCUCCGAAUUGGCAAAGAAGUUUGACAGUCUAAGCGUCUCCAGAAAGGAGCAAAGUCAGUCCACUCUCCAAAACGGAGUAAGACAGUUUUCUGCCGGUAUAAACGUGUCGUUCGUACAGAACGGUUUCGUGAGGAACGAGGAAGAAGACGAAGAACUUUCUUCCAACCAGAUGAACAUCAAGAAACAGAAAAAGGUAGAGUUCUGUAAGACAGAAGUGCAUUUUGUGGCCGAUUCCGGGCGAGUCAAUAUCGUGGAAACGGAUGAAAAACCGCCGCCCACCAACAUGUUUCGGAGACGAAAGAGGAAUAACACAGCGACAACAAACCUUCAGGCCUCAGACCCCAAUAAGAGCAACCUCCCGCAGGUUCGCUUCGGGGAUUCUCCUUAUGAGAAGAAGCUACUAGGAGGCAACGACAGUUCCGUCUCAGAGGUCACCCACACGAUACAUGUCGAUAUAGCUAACGAUGCGACAGUUGCCACCACGUCCCCAUCUAAAGAAAUUUCCCAGUCACACAUUCCUGCUAACUUCCAGCACGACGCUGACAAAGAGGAUCACAUCUUCACGCAGGCCAACGCAACUAUAUCUGCAAUAGUAAAGACUGAAGGUAACGAAUCACCUCGUUUUGACAGCGAGAAUUCGGAUGCCUUCCAGAUGCAGGCGUCCACAGAUAAGGACAACAUGCCCAGGAGCAUACUUAAAAACUAUAGAAAGCCCCGACCCUUCCUUUUGGGAGAAAACGAUGACUUUAAACCGAAGGCUGAGACGGAAGAAGGGAAACAGGAGGAGAAGUGGGGUGUCAGACUUCGUCCCGUUCAGAGCAGUGAACAAGGUUCGACGACGGCAAUGUGGAGGUCGCAGGUGUCAGUGAGUACCACCGCCUUUGACGUCCCGCAGCCACAGAGACAGGUCGCUUCGAUUUCGAGCGUAGAUCACAACUUCCGCGAAAGCGAGAACGAGCUGCAGAGGCAGCUGCGACUGCUGAGACCUGCGCACAAGAAGGCGGACGUCGAAAGCUUCUCCCCGUCCACGCAGGCCGAAUCCCGGUCGCGCUCUUCGCCGCCGCUGGCCAGGAGCUUCGGCAGGGAGACGGAAGACAAGGGGAUACAGGUGACUGUAGGACCGGCGGCUACCGACGGGGCGCAGCUGUCUUCGUGGACCGUGGCGGAGCGCAUAAGACAGGUGGAGGAGAUGAGGAAGGUUUCUGGUGAGGUCAAGGGCUUCUCUACCAGGAUCAACUUCGGCGCCGGGGAAGCGACUGUCAUCGAGCCUGGGUCGUCAGACGAACAGCAGACUGCCGGCCAGAAGUCGGCGGGGAGCGCCUUCGAGAAGACGAGUGCUUCUAAGGCUCCCUGGUCGCCCAGGCAGGAGGCGGAAGAUGAGAAGGAACAAGGAAGCAGAAACAGAGGGCUCGUGGUACGCAUCAGUAAGGCAGACCAGCAAGGAAAGCAGCAGCAGCAGCAACAAGAACAGCAACGACUGCCAAAAAAUUUCCCCUCGAAGAGUGACGGGAAGACUGCAGAAGAGCUUAAGAAAACGACCACGACUAUCACGAUCGAUCUCGGCUCGCCCGGAACAGCCGAAGGCGAGAGCAGGCCGGCGGAAACGAAAAGGCCUCCCGUGAAACCGGAGAGGACCCGCCGGAAGCAGCAGACAGAAGUCUUGCAGUCUCCGUCGUUGAUAAUGAAAACGAUACGAAACCCCAGUUGCACCCCGGGCGAGAAGGGCGAAGCCAGCCCGCGCGCCAAGGACGGUGGAGGGGAAAAGACGGAAGAGGAGGCAGUGGCGAGACAGAGGGCGCAGGCGCAGGGCGCGGGCAGCACCCGCAGCCAGCUGGCGGCGCUCAAGGAACUGUACUACAGUGGCGUGGCCAGCGAGGACAGUGCGGACGAGGAGGUGCGCUCCUACAUGAGCGCCGGCGGCGACGACUCGGACCGCGCCAGCGAGCUGUCCGGCAGCUGGAGCCGCGUGCGCGCCUUCCGCAACAUGAACAAGUACAAGACAGGGUACUUGAGAACGGCGCACGAAGAGGAAGUGAGGCAGCUGCCGACAGCUCGGCCGACGCUGCCGACGCACGACUCCGGCAGGCUUCGCUCGGUGGAGACGUUCGUGAGUACGCGCUCCGGACACCCCAAGAUCACGUCCAUCUCUCUCCACUACGAAGGAGACGCGACGCCCGCGGACACGAGCAAAUUCCAAAGCGUGCACACACCGCCGAAAGACCCGGAUUCUGCGACACCGCUGUCUGCCUACUCUCCUUCGGACACGCGGGCAGAGAAGCACCACCAGGCUAAAGUCGGCAUGCGCGCGGAGAAGGCUGGUCUUUGCGACGAUCAGACUCUGUACAAGCAGACUGCGCCGCCGCACCAAAAAGACGCUGCUCACAAAAUAUACGAAGUAGCAGCCAAAGUCAGAGCGCCGAUAUCUUACACUGAGAGAUGCUACGGCGACGGCGAGUCGGGAUCGAUGUCUCGCAGAAGCCGGAAGACUCAAGAGAAUGACAGAACGUACGUGGUCGAAAGGAAAAGGUUUGAGCUACAGAAAGAGAAAUACGCCGCCGAGCGAGACGGGCUCGUCACUGGCAAAGACUCUGCCAAUGAGGACGGCAAGUGUGCUACGCCGAGGGGAAGUAAUACAUUCGUCAAGGAAAAAGUUGAGUACAAGAGUGGCAAGAUAGACGCGAGAAGACAGAUAGUGGAAGCUGAGAUGUGCGAAGAAGUGAAGUUUACGGGUACACGAGAGAGAAGAUCGGUUUCUCCGGAGAAGGCGUUCAGCAAGGACGCGGACACUGCCGCACAGAAGUCCGAGACGUUGAAAUCGACGUCCACCGUCUCAGUGGAGGAAGACGAGUACUGUGAACAGGACGUUUCCGACGACUCUGAAAGCGCGGAGGAAACGUACGGUUCAAUUGCAGACAAGAAAAUUGCGAAAAGAAUAUCGCCCAUCUACGAUAAUGUCUGCGAAACCGGAGACAGGCCGGAAGCGCGCAAGAAAGCGGCGCCCGAUAACGGGAGGCAGAUCUCUGGGAAGUCUAGCGCAGUGGUUAAAGGACAAUCUGCGAGUUCGUCGCGGAAAGUGAUGGACGUAGAGAAGAGAAGUUCGAGAAAGACGAGUGGCAGCGCGAGUGGGAAGCGAAGGUCAGAGUCUCCGGUUUACGAGAACCGGGAGAUUAUUUGCAUGGAGAAGGACAGGAAGAUACAGCAACGCACGAGACAGGAGCAGCGCCAGCACGAGACGGCGAUGCUGGAGGAGCUGACGCGCGCCGCCGACCAGAUCCUGCAGGCGGUCAACGGCUACUCGGACGACGACUCCAACAGGCCGAGCUGCGCGGAGGACGAAGAUCGCGGCAGGAGACACCGGCGCGGGCAGCCGCGAGCCGGGGGCGGAGGCGCGCUCUGCACCAUCAGCGAGGCGCCGCAGCGCAAGGGGCACCGCCAGCCGGCGGGGGCGGCAGAGGCGAGGGCGGCGGCGCGCCGGCCUCAGCGGGCGAGCAAGCCGCAGCUGGGGCCCACGUCUUCAACGUCGUCCGUGGACAGCGUCAGCGAGCGGCGCGCGGCCGCGGCGGCGGCGAGCGCGGCGCGGAGGGAGCGAGCGGCGCGGCUGGUGCAGCGCGCGAGCAGCCGCGAGCAGCUGCUGCAGGCGCGCGCCAGCUCCUCCGAGGACGCACUGUCCAGCCUCGAGGCCGAGGAGCGCCGCCCCCGGCCGCCGCCCCCGCGCAGGCAGAGGCCGGCCGGCACCUCCGCCUCCACCGCCGCCACGGCCCGGGCGCAGCCCGCCGCGCAAGGACACAAGCGGCUCUCCAGUGGCGAGGCUGCAGUCGUUUCCAAGACGGCGGACAGAUCAACAGCAAAGAAAAGUCUCACAUCCCAUAGGUUGAGGGAAUCAACAAAAGAGAGAAUCACACGCACUGUAUCAGCAAAGCGAGAUUUAGCUGAAGUCAAACACAAUACCAGCAGAGCAACCACAGACAAGUUGCCUGGAAGCAGUCAUGGUCUACUGCCAUCAAGCAGCAAGAAUAAAAAUGAACGCUGCAUUUCUGAACGUCGGACAGUGGUAGCUGUGAUGCCACUGAGGCCAUCUCCCUCCAGCAACGUGAAAAAGAUAAAAACUACUUCUAGUCGCACAGAAGGAACUCAAGUCAAACCAGUGAAAUGAUGGGUUGAAGGAAGUCUCAUCAGAACAUACUCAAAGAUCUCUGUAAAUUUGUGAAAGUGCAAAGACUUCAUGGACAAGACAUUUGAUAAAUAAUGUUACAGUUCUGAAGGUUUAUAAUAUUCAGAUUAGAUUUUUGUACUCUGGUCAGUGUAAUAGCUGAUGAAUUCUUAUGAUGUUUUGCAUAUAUAUGUGAUUAAGUGUUAUCACUUCCUUUUCCAGAAAACCAAAAAAGACAAAAAAAGUGAACUGGGUUCUUUUGUAGGGUACUUAUUUUAUGCCUUGCUACAAUGUUUCAUUCACUGAUGAAAGAGUUCCUAUUAAUGAACAUUUAUGGGCUUUCAAACUAUUACAAAAUUAAGAUAAGUUAUAAUUAACUGAUGAAAGCUCCACUGUUGUUUGUGUAACAUGCUAAUUCCCAUUCCUUGUACGUCUAGCUCCAGCAAAGCUUGACAGGCAUUGUCAUUUUCCAUGAUAGUUUAUUACUGUGCUAUGUAGCUCUUUGGGCAAAAUAGAGUUAUGUGUUAGCUGUUCCUCCAUACACCUGCACUUUAUUUUAUUCUUAACCAUUUGUUCUAACAUAUUAUUCUCAUUAUUAUUUAUCUUGCAGACAGUGUCUUCAGACAAGGUUUCAAGAAAUUUCUACUAACAUCUACUCAAGUAUGUUCUAAGUCUCAUAGUGGUUAAAUAGUAAAUAAUGAAAUAAUGACAAUACCUGAUGAGUUUUCAAUAAACUCACAAGACAAUAUGAAAUUGUAAGGAAGCAGUUAUGUAAAUACAGUGGCACAAAUAAUUCAAAAAAUACUGAAAUGAUUUGGUUGCAUUUCAUAUGAACACUACCAACAAUGUUUGUAGAAAAUGCAACAAAAACAAAUUUAGGAACUUUAUCAUUGCUUUAGUAAUGGAAUGGAUAUUUGACAAUAUUAGUAACUGUUAUUCACAUUAACAGAUCUCAUAUUUUUUACAGUUUUCUACCAUAUGUAUGUUCAUCUACAAGGAUACUUGUGUUAUAUCAUAGAUAUCAAUAAGUUAUUUUAUUGAAUUUUAGAUCAUAUCUAUUUUGAUGGCAGACUUUUAAUCCCAGGGCUUCUUCUAUGCCUCACUGCAUUUUGUUCAUGUGUUGGAAUUAACAGUGUAUAUUACUACAAUUAACAAAACAGUUUUCACUCUCUGCAAUUUAAUUAAGACAAGUAUAAUUUUGCUAAACACACAAAUUCCCACAAAUUGUCAGGAUCAGUCAACUAGUGCAUAUAUUGCUCACAAUACAGUUUUGCUGGAGCUUGGCCUAGCUACAUUGUGUCCUGAAUUCAGUUAUAAACAUCUGUACAAUUUAAAGGAAUUUAGAAAAUGUAGAAUUUAGUUGUCAACAUUGUUAUUAAUCAUUUAUGUUUGUGCAUCUUUAUAUGAAUUCAUAUAAAUAAUUUAUCUUACUUAA